GAAAAACUAAUCAGUCACUGAUAACAAAGAAGGUAAACGAUGCGCGGUAGUCCCCGUUACAAUAUGGCGAUUCGUGGUGUGCGAAACAGGUAGCCGCUUCGUAAUUUUUAAACUAUAAAUCGUGGUUGCGCAAUUGGUAGGUGGUUGUGAAUUGAAAUUUAUGACGAUAAAUGGCAUUAGUUCUGUUUCGCGCGGGACGAAGGCUGACUCUGACCGGUGUCGCAAGGAAUAUCACGAUUAAAGAAUCAGCAAGGGGGUCGAGAAGAUCGAUCAUGACUUCUGAACGAAAGCUAGAAAAGGCUUUAGACGAGUUGAAGACGAAUCCCUAUUUUGAAAAGUAUGCCGAGAAAAUAUCUAAGCUGCAAGAAACAAGCCCCGAAGAAUUUCUGAAAAAAAUUGCGGAGAAAGAGAAGAAGUUACGAGUCGAUAAAGAAAAACGUGAGGAAGCGCGAAAGUUUCAGCAAGCUUCUCAGGCAAAACCGUCUCUACCAGGCAUCAAUGUUGGCUUGCAAAAAAAAGAUGCUCGUCUUAAUGAUGUUAUGAAGGUUGAGCUGAUAGAGGGAAAAAGCAGAGACGAGAUUAUUCAAAUAUGGCAGGAAUAUCACAGACAAAAAGACUGCAUAUCGGGAGCGAUGUCUGCGCAACAAUACAAGAAACUCUUUGAGCGCGGGAAAGAAUAUCCUACAUUUUUGCUCCCCUUGCCUCGUUCAGAAGGGUACGAAUUUAUCCUGUCUCAAUUUUACGAUACCGAGAUACACAUGACUCCGUUAUUAUGGUAUCAAGUUCACAAAGAAAAUGCUCCAGAGUGUCUCUCAAUGACGCAUUACGCCGAACUUGCAGAGACAAAAGAUCUAGUGUUGAUGAGAGGAGAAUUCGACACAAACUCAAUAAACGUCCAAGAAGCUCAGUGCUUGGUAAAUGAAUUGCAGCUGUAUUAUGCUACCGAUGAUUCUGAUCGGCUAAGAAUGUUGGAAAAAUUCACUAAGAAACCUGACGAUUUCAAGCAUAUGGAUUUAAUAGCAAAUUUAGAAACGAUUUCGCUUGUUCCCACCUCUGAAGCAGUUAAUACUAAAACUCACGUAAACUUAAAGUGUGAGAAAAUGACGAGUCCGUUGAUACAAAAAUUAUUAGUACUUAACUUGAAUAAAACAUGGAAGCAAAGAUUAAGCAGACAUUAUUCGAAAGUAACCUCAUCGAACUUUUACGUGACAACACCAAUAUUCUACGUAAAUGCCGGACCUCACAUAGGCCACCUUUACAGUGCUAUAUUAGCCGACUCGUUGGCCAGAUAUAAGUCGAUGCUUGGGUACUCUGUGCAGCUAAGUACUGGCACAGAUGAGCAUGGAAAUAAAGUAAUGCGAGCUGCUGAGGCGUCAAAACUUCCUACCGAACAAUAUUGUAAACAGAUAUCGCAGCAUUUUAAAGAUAUGUGCCACUCAUUCGACGUUGGUUAUACAGAAUACAUCAGAACGACAGAGCCACGCCAUUCAAAAGCUUUACAUCAUUUUUGGAACGUGUUGAAGGAGAAUGGCCACAUUUAUUCUGGAAAAUACUCAGGGUGGUAUUGUGUAGCAGAUGAAGCAUUUUUAACUACCUUGCAAUUAAAAGAUAUCAAAGAUAGUGAAGGGAAAACUAUAAAAGUCUCAAUUGAGUCUAGCCAUCCAGUCGAAUGGGUUGAGGAAGAUAAUUACAAGUUUGGGCUCAGUGCAUUUCAAGACGAUUUGAAACAUUGGCUCCAGGAUGAUAGCGUAGUCCGACCGGCAAAGUUCCAUAAGAUUUUGUCAGACUGGAUUGAAGAGGGUGCUUGUUUGGAAGACCUUAGUAUUUCCAGGCCAAUUAAUAGGGCACCAUGGGGUGUUCCAGUUCCUGAGGAUGAAUCACAGAGUAUAUAUGUGUGGUUAGAUGCUUUGGUAAAUUAUUUAACAGCCCUUGGAUACCCUGAGAAAAGUUAUAAGAAAUUUUGGCCUCCUCAAAUGCAGGUCAUUGGGAAAGAUAUUCUCAAAUUCCAUGGAGUAUAUUGGCCAGCGUUUUUGAUGGCUGCAGGUCUUGAACCACCGCGAAGUAUAUUAUGCCACUCGCAUUGGACUGUUGAUAGUCAGAAAAUGUCCAAAUCAAAGGGUAAUGUCAUUUCACCAUUUGAUGCGGCAGAUUUUCUCACAGCAGAUGGUCUACGAUAUUUCCUCUUGAGAGAAGCCGUACCAUAUAGUGAUGCAAAUUAUAGCAAAACCAAAGCAAUCAAUGUGGUAAAUUCUGAGUUAGCAGACACUUUCGGAAAUUUGUUAAGUCGAUGUACGGGAAGUAUCAUCAAUCCUGGCAAGGAGAUUCCGCACCCAGCAGUAUAUGUGAAAGAGCUCCAAACGGAAGCAGCCAAAAGUCUGAUGAUCUCAUUACAGUCUUUGCGUACAGAGGCACAAAUUAGCUACGAAAAAUGUAACCUUCAUCAUGUUGUUGACUCAGUUAUGACUACGUUACACCUAGCCAACCAAAUGGUUGAACACCACAAGCCUUGGAUACUUAGGAAGCAAACUGAUGAUGAAUCGAAGACUAAAUUGAUGGGCACUAUAUCAUUGGCUUUGGAGAGUAUUAGAAUAUGCGGAUUGAUUUUAUAUCCUAUUGUACCUAAAUUGAGUGAAACCGUAUUAAACCUACUUAAUGUACCUAAAAGUAAGAUCACAUGGGAGGAGACAGUUCCAGCGUUUCUCAGUGAUGAGGGAUCGAACUUAGGAACAUUGGCCACUGAUAAACCCAUACUAUUUAAGAGGAUAAUGAAUUCAGAAGGGUGAAUGUGCUUGUUACAGUUCUUCACAUGAACUGGAAGUCUUAUAUUCAUACUAUUUACAGAGUGCAACAAUUUCUUGCAUUUUGAGAAACACGGUACCAGAUGGCAAACACGAUGCCGUAAAAAGUUAGUGUGUGAAUGAUUUGGGAAAUGGAAUGUUUGGAUAGUUAAAUAAAAAAUACAUUUUUAUUGUA